ACGUCUGAAAAUUUAAAAUUUUCACAUAUGGUCCGUGGGUGUUCGGUGUUCAGGAAACGGUUUUCAUAUUGUUUCGAGGAAUCCAACAGUCUGCAUCGUGCCGUUUUUUACAGUGUUAACUUUGAAAUCAUGCGGACGUAUUUAUGGCUGGCACCACUGGUGCUGGCGGUUCUGGUGCACGAGUGUACCCCAUCAGCGAUGCUAAGGGCGAUCAAAAGUAAGCCAGUAGCCGAGUGCAGCGAUGAAACUUCUAGUGAGAGCUCGUCCUCAGAAGGCGGCAGUGAGAGUGGCUCUGAGAGUGACAGCGAAAGCUCCUCGGAGGGUAGCAGCAGCAGCAGCAGCAGCAGUAUAAAUGUCUCUCCAAUCAUCCCAACAAUUGUGUACAAAAGAGGAGAUGAUUCUAGUUCAAGUUCCAGUUCGGAAUCAAGUUCGGAAUCAAGUUCGGAGUCCAGUUCGGAAUCCAGUUCGGAAUCCAGUUCGGAAUCCAGUUCGGAGUCCAGUUCGGAGUCCAGUUCGGAGUCCAGUUCGGAGUCCAGUUCCGAAUCCAGUUCGGAGUCCAGUUCGGAUUCCAGUUCGGAUUCCAGUUCAUGUUCAAGUUCGAGUUCGGAUACCUCGGACAGCUCUGGAUCAUCCAGUUCUAGCAGCUCAAAGACUUCAAAGCCAACUCCUAAAACACCGAAAACACCGAAAACCCCGGAUACACCAAAAACACCAAGUACACCUAAAACACCAAACACGCCUCCUACUCCAGCAAGACCUAAAACUCCACCCACCCCAUGUACUCCGGAUACACCGCCUCCGCCAAAGACACCAAGUACUCCCUCAACACCUUCUACUCCUAUAACUCCUAGCCGACCUAAAACUCCGCCAACGCCAUCAACCCCAUCAACUCCAUCAACCCCGUCAAGUGAGAGCGAAGGCAGUGAAGGGGGCGAAGGCAGUGAAGGGAGCGAAGGCGGUGAAGGGGGCGAAGGAAGUGAAUAUGGCGAAGGGGGCGAAGGAAGUGAAGGGGGCGAAGGCGGUGAAGGGAGCGAAUAUGAUUCAAGCGAUUGUGAUUCAAGCAAAUCUGGUUCCAGCUAAUCUGGUUUCGCACAGCCCCAUUUCACUGUACACAAGCAUUGAUAAUCCUCAAUAUACUUUAAACGCGCCGGUAGCGAUGACAUUUUUUUGGAAAAUGAAUGAAAAUUGCUGUAAAGGUCUUGUAAUUAGUAGUACACGACAUUUUUUGGUGUUGGUUUAAACAUAUAAUAGUGUGCAAAUGUGCUUAUAAUUCGCUAUUUCUCUCAUUUGCUAAUAAACACCUUUCAUGUGAA